AUGUCCUCGGCCAACAACAUCGCCUUCACCGCCCCGAUCAACCCACCAGGUGCAACACCCGUCAUCACCCCCGAACAAGUCUGGAACGGUCUCCUCUUCAAGAUCCGCUCCGCGGAGACAUUUGUUCCCGGAGCAAUCCAAUCCACCAAGGUCAUUAGUGAUUCCAUUGACCCAUUGACGGGGAACGCUGUGACCGUUCGUGAUGUCCUAUUCCGCGAAACCCAGGAAACCGUCCAAGAGACCGUUACAGCCUUCAAGCCCACCCGUGUAGAGUUUGAGCAGCCGGAUGGAAGCAAGAUCAGCAAUGUUAUCAGCCAAGGAGCUGGUGGAGAGCUCUACAUGACGUACAUCUUCGAAUGGAGACACUCCGGUGUCUCGGAAGUGGAGCUGGCGGCGCUACUCGAGAAGGAGAAGAAGAUGAGCCAGAUGGCGGUUGAGGGGACAAUCAAGGUUCUGAGGCAGUUGGUUGAGAAGGAUAAUCUUUGA